AUGGCUGCGGGCACGCGGCGAGGCCUUCUGCUGCUCGGGACUCACAGCUUUGUUGUGCAGUCGCUGCACGUCGUCUUCGCGGCGCUCUUCAUGGAAUACUACGUACACGGUUUCCUGCUUAUCGUGGAUACGCGCAAGGGGAAAACGACAAGUUUCACCGACAUUCCUGAAUGGCGCUUACGCAUCUCCAAGCUAGGCCUGUGUGUGCUUGUUGCAGCCCAGCUGGUGUACAUGGUUGGCAGUAUCCUUGAUGGAGCUGGCGUCGUUGUUUUCUCGUCUGUAGUCGCGCGCAUGUGUCGACUGACACCACGGCAGCGUUUGGCGUCGAAUGAGCAUCGUUUCGCGUUAGUGUUUGGGUUGUCGUGGUGGGUGCUGCGACUUCCCCUCGUCCCGUCCGCUGUGUCCUUCACAUUGGCGACCGCAGUCUUCGGUGUCUUGUCCGAUCGCUGUACCGCCUUUGCUCAAAACUUAGCGCGCGAAAUGACAGCUCAGCGACCAAAGGAGGAGAGGUUGGUGCAGCUGGCGUCGCGUGCGGCAUCGGGUGGCGCCGCGGUCGUGGCGCUUGUCGCCGCCCUGCUGUACGACGGCUCCUCUCCGAAAAGGAAGCCGCUCCGCGGGUUCCACUGGUGCCUUCUCCUCUUGUGCGGCGCGGCCGUGUGCGCCUUUAGUGGUCUGCAACGGUGGCGAUGCAGCUCUUAUGGCGAGGAAGCACCGAGCGCGGCACGAGAAGAGUGCAGCCUCAGUUCGCGCUCCAUCUUUGGGUUUGGCGACGCGACGAUGAUGGAGUUUCAGGGCUUUGUGCGGCAGACAUGGCAACGGCGGUCAAUGAAGGCGCUCCUGGUCGUACGUGCGCUGCACUGCUACGCGCAUGCAGCGGUGGUUGCCUUCUUUCAUCUGCUUCUCACGCUGGGCUGUGCGCCCCGCCUGUCGGCGGCAGCGCGGGCGAUCCUCCUGGCCUUUGUCCUUGCAGCGCCGUCCUUCCUUGCCCCAAUGCACAUCGCCAGCGCCGGCACGGUGGGAAAGAAGCGCCUCGUGCUCGUCAUGUUGCUCGGCGUGUGCGCGCUGGGUCUUGUAUCGCUGGUAGCAGCCUUCUUCACGAGGGGAGCGGUCGGCGUGGCGGUUUCACCGGCGCUUGCAGAGGACACCACAGCAGCGAGCUCGGAUGCCGGGAUUUGGCUGUGUGCUAUUCUGCUCACCUUGCUGCGUCUGCUGCUCGACAGCGUGCGUGACGUGCUUGAGCUAGCGCAGGAGGAUGUGGUCGAGGAGGAUGCUAUUCUUUUCGGUCGCGCCACUCCGAUGGCGUCGUGGACAAGGCGACUCUGCGCCUUGGUCACGGCACCGAUGGAGUCACUCAGUCGCAUCGCAACCGUCUUUCUGCUCGCCUUCACGAAUGCAUUUGAGGGUGUCGUGCUGGCCCCACCCACCAUCACUGGCAACAGCACCAUCACCCAGACUGCUUCGGCGGUGCAGAGCGCCGCAGCUGCCCUGGCGCUGGAGCGGGUGUCGUUGUCGAGUGCUUUCCCUGCCGCGGUGGCGACUGCGAACGUAGCCUCCACAGUACUUGCGUUGUUGAGCCUGCACACGUGUGGGGUGGCGCUGAUGAUGCUGGUUGUCUGGCACCGCUACUACAACCUGGAAGGGAAACAUCUGCUGUUCGUUCAAAUGGCCACCCGAAAGCGCAAGGACGAGCAGUGCGUGGCUCUCGUAUGA